AUGGCUAAUAGCAAAGAAUCCUGUGGAGAGCUGGUAACGGCUGAGUUAGAAACCUCUGGAGAGCUGGUAACGGCUGAGUUAGAGAUUGUCGAUGACAACGCUAUACUGAAAGCAGAUUUCAUUCAGGAGCUUCUUCCGUCUGCGGAGCGAACUGCUCUCCUUUAUCACCUGACUUUCCUGAGUCUGGGAGGAUUCCCAAAGCUUGAGCGUGUGAUCAGAGACCAAGCUAUUGAAACUCAACUGCUGUUUGGAUCCUCUGAAGCCGUUCUGCUGAAGUGUGUCGGCACGAGUUCCAACCUGGUCACUUCCCUCUUUCCAAUAUUGAUAAAAGCUGUGGAGAAGAACAAACCUGUUUUGGCGGUGAGGUAUCUGAUGAAAGCCAAAGAGUGGAUCACUGACAUCAUAAGACAAGUGGAUGACAUAGUGAAGAGGUAUGAUCAACACAACCAAAGUGUGAAAACAUGCACCAGUGACGUGUAUCAAGAACAAGCAGAGACCGAAGAAAAAAAAGAGAAAAAUUCUGAUGAGAUGAAGGGUCUGAAGGAUGCUCUGGCCGAGCACAAAGAGGAUCUGGAAAUAGUAGUCAACAAAACAGAGAUGAAUGAGAAACAAAUUCAAAAAAACACUGAGGAGCUAAACAGCUUCAUCAGAAGAUUUCAGGAAGAUUAUAGCCACUGGACUAAGAAGUUCCUUGCCUUUUUUAGAGGCUAUCCAGAUGGUAUGAAGGAGCCUACUGCCAUCGCUCUGGAUAGAGAACUGAAACAUCUCGACUCUGAGAAGAGCCGUCUGAAAAAUGAAGAGUGGAACAUCAAAACCGAGCAGCUUGAUCUUCAGCUGAAGCUGGCCAACUGUAAAAUACGGAUGGGUGAGAUUCCUGACCCUGACAACCUGACGGAAGUCCAGCUGUGUCUUUCUCAAAUCCAGCAAAUUCUGGUUGAUCUGAAAAAGUUUUGGGAGAAGGUGAACGUUUACAAAGUGAACGUGCAAGGAUGCUCAAACUCUUUUUCCAAAUAA